CCUGAAGUGGCCUGCUGCAUAACAGCCCCUUGCCAUAUUUUAGAAGCUAAUCAUCAAUUUGUCAAUGAUUUUAGUUCAUUGGUGGGUGAUUCAGAAGAACUGGGCAAUGUCAUCAGUGCUGAGUGUUCGCAGGUGGCACCGAUUUGUUCUCCAUCACUGUGCAAUCCCCUUUAUUUCCGCUACAGAGGAUGUAUCGAGCAUAUGGUAAAGGUGACAAACUCAAUUUUCGUCAUGUUAUUAACUCCUAGCUCUUUGGAAGGUCAUCAGGACACACAAGUGAAGAAACAAAUGGGCACAGUCAAUGAUGUGGAAUCUUUCUGCAUGAUUAUCACCAAGAACCACUCCAGGGUUGUGGAAACCUUGCGAAAAGCACCAUUUUACAGGAAGGAGGGUUCCACAUCUCUGCAGUUGCAUAUGAAGAACUGUCAGGGGACUUUUGCUGAGGUAAAACCUGUCAGCUUGGGUUUUUUCUGUAGUUUCAUGUUUAAGAAGGAAACAAUCACCAUUCCAGGAGGCCUUCACGAAAUUAGUAUGGAUCCAGAUUUUUGCAUCCUCUCCACCUUCGUUCUCGGUCACCAUGCACCUAGGUAUGUCUGGGUUCAACCCAUCGAGCCAUCCACACUUUCCUUAUUGAAAACAAAGCAUGAUGCGUAUCAUUCAGUAGUGUCAACAAGCCCUCUGGUGCAUCUGGAACAUCCCUCAUCCCAGCCAUUCAAGAAAUGCAUCACGGUUAUUCUACCUUGUCCUCCAAAUCAAGAGAAGAAGAUGGAAGGUGAUGAGAUGGACCACAUGAGAGCCAUGAGUGCUUCUGCGCACAGGGUUACCACUAUGCAUCAUUUUCGAGCUAUGAGUGCCUCCCCAAGAAAACAUGGGGAGAAUCUGAAUGAAUCUUUGAAAUUAUUGGGAUACAGGAAUAAAGAAGAAGGAUGGGCUCUAAUGGAUGACAUCACAGUGCGAAAUGCAAGGAAUGGCCUUGUCUCAUUUGAACUGGACGAACCUUUAAACAGCUUUAUUAUCAUCCGCCUGUCCUCAUCCAUGGAUAACACACAUCUGGUUCAGUUUAUUCGGAAACUGGAGAAAGCCAUCUACAACACCAUGGUGAAAGUGGUAUUAUAUCGGAAAAGAGAAGAUCCAUACCAGAUUGUUGUCUUACUUGUUCCAUCCAAGGAACUGAGCUUGGAGCUCAAGAGUCUGCGUGAAGAUGGAUACUCUGGGCCCCCAGAACCUUCUCAGCAGUUCAAGAUGAGAGAAGGAGAACAGGUUCACUUUAGAUUUAGUGGAAAUAUUUUUGCUUCAGACAAUGGGGUGGUCUUUGGGAAAACGUACAAGCUCACUUUUCAUGCACAAAGAACAGCCAGGCUUGCCCUCCGAAUCAAGGAAGUGGAUGAAUUUGGCAACUACAGUUCACCCCAUUACAAAGGAAUUGCCUUGUUCUACAAAGUGAACAAAGAAACUAUUGCCAAGAACUUGGAACAACCAUUUCUGCUGGAUGACUAUCAGGAGCAGGACCUUCUCUGCAAACUGGCUCUAACCUUACCAAAGAAGGAAAGGCUUAUCAAGCGUCCACAAAGCACAAAAAGAACCUCAGCUGAUUUAUCAGAGGCCCUGUGGGACAACUUACUAUACUGGCUGUCACAAGAGCUGUCGGAAGAUAAUGCUUCAUAUCUCGCUCUCGCUCUUCCUCUCCACCGAAGCACUCUUCAGCUUAUUAAACUGAAGUACCCCGAUAAUCUCAGCGCACAGAUCUAUGAGCUCCUGUGCUUUUGGAAGAGGAAUCUUCCAAGAUCUGCUGACAAGCUCCAGCUUCUUUCUCGCUAUCUCUGUAAGACCGGCAGGAGCGAUCUUGUAGAAGAUCUCCAGUUCAAGUGGGAGAACAAAGUGUUUAUGAGGAAAAUUCAUUAACAGAAAUGAAGCACUGGGAUGUGUUGAUGUACUUCCUUUACUGGAGGAAACAAAGUCUGUGUAAUUGCUUUGUGAAAAAUAAUUCUUAAUUAAAAUUUUAUUAAUUUUUUUUUUUUUUUUGGUCAUAGCUGAAAAUGAAACCAUUUCAGAAAUGUGUAUCACUCGAUAU